AUGGUUCUUGAAGUAGACGGAGUCAAACUUGAAACUGCACCAUGGGAUCCUCGUUUCCCAAAUACCAAUCAAACCAAGUACUGUUAUCAGAGCUUUUUGGAUUAUCAACGUUGCAAAAAAAUAAGAGGUGAAGAGUUUGAUGCAUGCCAGUAUUACAAACGUGUCUCCAAGUCCAUAUGCCCAAAUGCAUGGAUUGAUAAAUGGAACACUCAAAUCGAAGAAAAUCGAUUCCCUGGCAAUAUAUAA